GUGACGUUACUAGGCUGCGCGCGGAAAGGGACCGGAGCGCGACGGCGCCGCCGGAGGACGAGGACUGGCUAGUGGGGAAACGAAACCGAGGGAGUAGGCGGAGGUUCUGGCGGCGGCCGAGCCCGGCCCGGUAUUGGCGGCGACGACAGACCUCCCCCUUCUCGCUCCCCCGGCAGCUUGCCCUCUCCCCUCAGCGUAACAAUGAAGAGGAGAAUUGACCCUGAAUGCACAGCUCCCCUCAAGAAACAGAAAAAGAGAGUUGCAGAGCUUGCCCUGAGCCUCAGCUCCACGUCAGAUGACGAGCCUUCCACCCCGGUCAGCCACGCGGCUAAAGUUUCUGCCACCAGCCUUAGCGAGUCUGACAGUGAGAAUGAAGGGAAGCCGCGCGGCUCGGACGCCUUCAACGAUGUGUUCAGAGCAGACUCGCUCGUGGAGGGGACAUCUUCUCGGUACUCCAUGUACAACAGCGUCUCCCAGAAGCUCAUGGCCAAGAUGGGCUUCAAGGAAGGGGAAGGAUUGGGUAAAUUCAGCCAGGGUCGGAAGGACAUCAUCGAAGCCUCUAAUCAGAAGGGACGAAGAGGCCUGGGUCUCACUCUGCAGGGCUUUGAUCAGGAGCUCAACGUGGACUGGAGAGAUGAGCCGGAGCCCAGUGCCUGCGAGCAGGUGUCAUGGUUCCCAGAAUGUACCAUGGAGAUUCCCGAUACUCAAGAAAUGAGUGAUUGGAUGGUUGUGGGAAAGAGAAAAAUGAUAAUUGAAGAUGAGACGGAGUUCUGCAGUGCGGAGCUGCUGCACAGCAUGCUGCAGUGCAAGUGUGUGUUUGAUGACCUGGAUGGAGAGGAGAUGCGGCGAGCUCGGACCCGGGCCAACCCCUACGAGAUGAUCCGAGGCGUGUUCUUCCUUAACAGGGCGGCGAUGAAGAUGGCUAACAUGGAUUUUGUGUUUGAUCGCAUGUUUACGAAUCCCCGGGACUCUAAAGGGUUGCCCCUGGUGAAGGACCGGAACGCCGAGCUCCUGUACUUUGCCGAUGUCUGCGCAGGCCCUGGCGGCUUCUCCGAGUAUGUGCUGUGGAGGAAGAAGUGGCACGCAAAGGGCUUCGGGAUGACGCUGAAGGGCCCCAAUGACUUCAAGCUGGAGGACUUCUACUCGGCCUCCAGUGAGCUCUUCGAGCCGUACUACGGUGAGGGUGGGGUGGAUGGAGAUGGAGAUAUCACCCGCCCAGAGAACGUCACUGCCUUUCGGAACUUUGUCUUGGAUAACACAGAUCGCAAAGGUGUCCACUUUUUGAUGGCCGAUGGGGGCUUCUCCGUGGAAGGGCAGGAGUGCCUGCAGGAGAUCCUCAGCAAGCAGCUGCUGCUGUGCCAGUUCCUCAUGGCGCUGUCUGUCGUCCGGACAGGAGGCCACUUCAUCUGUAAGACCUUCGACCUGUUCACGCCUUUCAGCGUGGGGCUCAUCUACCUGCUGUACUGCUGCUUCGAGCGCGUGUGUCUCUUCAAGCCCGUGACCAGCCGGCCCGCCAACUCCGAGAGGUAUGUGGUGUGCAAGGGCCUGAAGGUGGGCACGGAUGACGUGCGUGAGUACCUCUUCUCAGUGAACAUGAAGCUCAAUCAGCUGCGCAACACCGAGUCUGAUGUCAACCUUGUGGUCCCCCUGAAGGUGAUCAAGGAGGACCCUGAGUUCACUGACUACAUGAUCCGCUCCAACGAGAGCCACUGCAGCCUGCAGAUCAAAGCGCUGGCCAAGAUCCACGCCUUUGUCCAGGACACGACCCUGAGCGAGCCGCGGCAGGCGGAGAUCCGGAAGGAGUGCCUCCGGCUCUGGGAGAUUCCGGACCACGCUCGAGUUGCACCUUCCUCUUCGGACCCAAAGUCUAAGUUCUUCGAGCUGAUCCAGGGUGCCGAGAUCGAUGUGUUCAGCUAUAAGCCCACGCUGCUCACCACCAAGACACUGGAGAGGAUCCGGCCUGUGCUGGACUACCGCUGCAUGGUGUCGGGCAGCCAGCAGAAGUUCUUGCUCGGCAUGGGGAAGUCCCAGAUCUACACGUGGGAUGGCCGCCAGUCAGACCGCUGGGUCAAGCUGGACCUGAAAACGGAGCUGCCCCGGGACACGCUGCUGUCCGUGGAGAUCGUGCACGAGCUGAAGGGGGAGGGGAAGGCCCAGCGGAAGAUCAGUGCCAUCCACAUCCUUGAUGUCCUCGUGCUGAAUGGCAGCGAUGUCCGGGACCAGCAUUUCAACCAGCGGAUUCAGCUGGCCGAGAAGUUCGUGAAAGCCGUGUCCAAGCCCAGCCGGCCCGACAUGAACCCCAUCAGGGUGAAGGAGGUGUACAGACUGGAGGAGGUGGAGAAGAUUUUUCUCAGGUUGGAGAUGAAGGUCAUCAAGGGCUCCAGUGGCACCCCGAGGCUCAGCUACACGGGGCGGGACGACAGGCACUUCGUGCCCACGGGCCUGUACAUCGUCAGGACAGUGAACGAGCCGUGGACCAUGGGCUUCAGCAAAAGCGUCCAGAGGAAGUUCUUCUACAACAAGAAGACCAGGGAGUCCACCUUCAGCAUGCCCAUCGACUCCAUCGCCCCAUUCCAUGUCUGCUACAUCAGCCGCCUCUUCUGGGAAUGGGGAGAUGGCAUCCGUGUGCACGACUCCCAGAAGCCACAGGACCUCGACAAGCUGUCCAAGGAGGAUGUCCUGACCUUCAUCCACACCACGCACAGCCACUGAGCCCAGGGUGGGGCGCUCCUGCCGGGUUCCCACACUCCCAGGCCGCGGCACUUGGGACUGGCUCCAUCCACCUCCGUGAAGGGGCUGGGUAGCACAGGACGGGCUCCCUGCCCACCUGCUCCUUGAGACAGGUCUGAGGUCAGUGCCAGGGCUCUGGGCACCGCCCUUCUCUCAGACUUCUGCAGACUUGCUUUUCUGAGGUCAGCCCCCACCCUGGGGAGGCCAGGCCCUUGCUGGCCCAGCUGUGUUGGCCCCCGAGUGGGCAGAGGCCCACUGUGGUGUCCAGUGGAGAGCAGCUGUGGUACAAGUCAGAGUUUCGAGUUUGCUGUGUUGACACCAAGUUGAAGACUUGCUCUCCUCCCCACUCGUCCCCUUUCCUGCAGUCCCCCCAGCCUGGCCCUGAUGGUCCUGGCAGGCCAGGACAGGAGGGCGGGCCCAGCACCGCCAACACACUCUGGCUCCGAGCCAUCUUUAACACCCGCUUUGGUCCAACCAUUGGGCAGCUCGAGGAAGAUAGGAAGCGGCCUCUGUGGCCAGCCUCCCUCCUGCCCUGCCCUGGUAGCAGAGGACACCGUGCCGCGGCCAGGAGAGUUGUGAGCUCCUGGCUGCCCGCCCUGCCUGUCAGGAGGCCGGUCGCUGCGCUGCCUGUGUCUUGGCAGAGGCACAGGGAGGAGGGAAGCGGGCAGGGGAGGGCACCCAGCUGGCUUUAACAGGAAACACCUUUCAGAGACGCUCCCUGGCUCCCUAGGCCGCAGCCCUGUGCCAGUCUGGUUUCCAUGGAGCCGGGGCACUAAGGCUCCUGGGAGGUUGGAAUCAACUUCGCCGGGGCCUCUGCCAACACCCAGGCUGGCAGCGGCAGGGCAGGAAUGCUGGCUUCCACCCAGCCCUGGGCUGGUCCGUGUGUCCUGCAGAAUCUUGGUUCAUUAAAGAUAAACGUAUUUUUAA